GGAGGGCUCCGAGGGCCGGCCGGGGAUGGUGUCGGGAGCGCGCCCCGAGCAGUGGGCUCGCCUGCCGCGGCUGCUCUGCUGCCUGGCGGGACACACGCACGGACCGGCCGAGGGGCAGCAGCAAUGCCGGCCGCCCGCGUGGACUACAUCGCGCCCUGGUGGGCCGUCUGGCUGCAUAGCUUCCCGCACUUGAACCUGCGCUUGCAGCCUGUGGAUAGCACCUUCAACCCCCAGGACGCCAGUUACCAGGAGUCCCUGCUGUUACUGGGGCUCGUGGCUGGCAUCUGCCUGGGCCUGAACUUGAUCUUCAUCACAGCCUACCUGAUUUGCUUGUGCUGCUGCAACCAGGAUGAGGAGGUGCAGACCAAGCAGCCCAGAUCCUCCUGCAUCACCUGGACCUCCGUGGUGGCUGGUCUCAUCUGCUGUGCUGCAGUGGGAGUUGGUUUCUAUGGAAACAGCGAGACCAAUGAUGGGGUCUACCAAUUGAUCUAUUCCUUGGAUAAUGCCAACCACACCUUCUCAGGGAUUGAUGAACUGGUGUCAGGUACCACCCUAAAAAUGAAGGUGAACUUGGAACAACACUUGGCACGACUCAGUGAGAUCUUUGCUACCCGGGGGGACUACAUCCAGACGUUGAAGUUUGUGCAGCAGAUGUCAGGCAACAUCAUCCUACAGCUCUCAGGACUACCUGUGUGGAGGGAUGUCAGCAUGGAACUGACGGAGGUGGCCAACAAGACCACCUAUGUGGAAUAUUACAGGUGGCUUUCUUACCUCUUGCUUUUCAUCUUGGACCUGGUUAUCUGCCUCAUUGCCUGCUUGGGGCUGGCUAAGCACUCCAAGUGUCUCCUAGCUACGAUGCUUUGCUGCGGCGUGCUCACUCUGCUCCUCAGCUGGGCCUCCAUGGCGGCAGACACAGCAGCGGCGGUGGGCACCAGUGAUUUUUGUGUAGCUCCGGACAAGUUCAUCCUCAAUGUCACACAGGGCCAGGUGAAUACAGAGAUAACCCGUUACUACCUGUAUUGCAGCCAGGGCCUGAGUAACCCAUUCCAACAGGCACUGACCAUCUUCCAGCGAUCGUUGACUACGAUGCAGAUCCAAGUCCUUGGCCUCCUGCAGUUUGCAGUGCCCUUGUUCCCCACAGCAGAGAAAGAUCUGCUUGGGAUACAGCUGCUACUGAACUCUUCUGAGUCCAGCCUCCACCAACUGACUGCCAUGUUAGACUGCAGAGGACUGCACAAAGAUUAUCUCGAUGCCCUGAUUGGUGUUUGCUAUGAUGGUGUGGAAGGGCUGCUCUACCUCGGCCUCUUCUCCCUCUUGGCUGCCAUGGCCUUCUCAACUAUGAUCUGUGCAGGGCCUCAGGCCUGGAAAUAUUUGGUUGUCAGGGACCGCAGCUACGAUGACAUCGAUGAAGACGAUCCUUUCAAUCCCCAGGCCCGGCGCAUCGCGGCCCACAACCCAUCGCGGGGGCAGCUCCGAAGUUUUUGCAGCUACAGUAGCAGCCUGGGCAGUCAGACCAGCCUGCACCCCCCGGCGCAGACAGUCUCAAAUGCCCCUGUCUCAGAAUACAUGAACCAAGCGAUGCUCUUUGGUGGGAACCCGCGCUAUGAAAACGUGCCGCUGAUUGGAAGAGCCUCUCCUCCCCCCACGUACACUCCCACCAUGAGGGCAACCUACCUUUCCGUCACCGAUGAACAUAUGAGGCAUUACGGGAAUGAGUUUCCGGCCCAAUAGUCUUCAAGUGGUUUCUUUUCUUCCUUUUUUUUUUCCCUGAAAGAAAACACAAGCUAUAUUUCUUAAAUAGAAAUUAAAGGAAACUAGAAAAAUGCAUGAACUAAGGGAAUGAAACAAGCUCAACUGAACAGAGCAUGAGCCAGUGGAGCUGAUUCAAGAGAAAGCAGGCUCCAGAGCAAGGCUGGCGUGCUGGAAAAUGGCAGACUACCAACCAUAGGCAGAGAGACGUUGGGGGUCUCUGUGGUGUGCCCCCCUCGAGUGCCAUCCUCUCCAUGUUGGAAAUGCCCAAUGGUGGGAACCUAGAAGCUGCUGUUCCUUAAGUUGUACUUCAGUCAUUUUCUUCUUUCAAAGAAAAGAUGGGAGACCUGGACAAGACCAGAUGCUGCAGUCCAGAGGACAGAACUACCCCUCCUUGAACCUUCACUGAGGACUUUUCUUCUAUCACAUUUUUAUAGUUACUCUGAGUCAAAAGCAUAGGUCAUCAGAUCUCUUAAUCUCCUCUUCCCCCUCCUUCCCAACUGCACUGAUUAGGAGAGAUUUUUUUUUUUUGACCUGUCUGAAAUAAAGGGAAGAAUUGCUUUGUUUGGUUUUUUUUUUAACUUUUUAAGAAAAGUUAAUGUGAAAUAAGUAGUUUAAUACUAUCCAAAUAAAUAGGCCAUAGGGCCGUGCUGACUCUUUGGUAUCAACAUACCAAUAUAAGUCUUACCAUAUAGGUAUAAAUUUGUUGAGUACGAAACGUGGAGAUGGGAUUAUGAUAGAGACAGAAAAAAGGGAUAGUAUUGGAUAGUGCACAUUGAUGAUCUUCCAGGAGAAUUUAAGAUAGGGAUUUGGGACCUCUUUGGCUUCUUCCAUCAUGUACAUGUAUUAUGCAUGUUUGCCAGUGGACACCCACCCUUUCUAUCUAUGCCUUUGACCAACUUGUUUCCUUCAGAUGGAAAUUCUGCUCUGAGUUUAUUAGAUAUAUGGGGCUGGUCUCAGGUGUUCAGGGAAACAUUUGGAAAGGUAUAUAAUCUUUUUUUUUUUUUAAUCAGUUAUCCAAAGGAGAGAAACCUUCAGUACAUUCUUUUAAGAUGUGGGAUUUUGAAUUCCUUUCCUACAUUUAAAAAAUGUAUAUAUAUACACAUAUAUAUUGAUAUUAUUCUUAGUAUUGAUCAACACCCCUGGGCUUAGCAGAAAUUUUUUUUUUAAAUAAAAUGCAUGGAAAACUAAGAGUGAGACAUUCACUAAUGCCUAAAAAAAAAUCCUCGUUUCAUCCCGCUGAGGGAGAAAGUAUCUUUAAUGAGAGAGGCAGCUAACCAGGACAGUGGAACUGAAUUUUCACAUUAAGGGAAGAGCUGGGAGAGGGACAGGUUAUUUUUUCCUGUUUAUUUCCAUGCAAAAUUUUCUCUCUUUUUCAAGAGGAAGCUAUCAGGUCUCACAAAAAAAAAAAAAAAGAAGAAGAAGAAGAAGGAAAAUGUGUCUUCCACUGUGUAACACCUCUUUCCUACCACUGGCAUAUUUUCCUUUAAACUUUCAUAUAUCAUGCUACCAGCUUUUACUUCCAUUAUGAAAAUAGGCUCUUAAGCCAAGAGGAAAUAAUGACCUACCAUCCUUCCUUUCCUGAGGAUUGAAGGUUAAGGUCUUUGGUGCUUCCAAUCUCCUGCCAACCCAAAGUGCACACAUUCAAGCCCCUUCAGCAACAGAAAUAAAAUUCUGCCUCAGCUGGUGAUUCGGAGACUUCUUGUGGUUUUGGAAGACCUCCCUUGUUGGAAGAACGAUGCUAAAGGUGUGAAGUAUUGGCUAGCUUACGGCAGGAAAAACCAGCAUUGGCAAGCCAGGCCACCGCAACCCAGGGCUCUUCCUUUGGAGCUGCUGGACUACCAGUGACUUACUGUAUCCCUGUAUUAUACUAACCUGUAUAUACUGUGUACCAUUAAAAAUAUCCUUUGUAUUUCCAUGACCUUGGACCAUGUAACUAGGAGCAACUAGUUUCACAAGAUUUUGCUUCUUAACAUUUCAUCGUUGUGACUAGGACAGCUAUUUUUAACGCAUGUAAAUGAAACAUUUUGGGGGGAGCUCCUCAAGGAGCAAAAUGGGGAAACCUCUGCCUGAUUGUGGGUAGUCCUGCCCAGGAGAAAGAAAUAAAAACUUGUACCAAUG